UGGGCUGGUACACUGGACACUGGGCUCGUACACUGGACACUGGGCUCGUACACUGGACACUGGGCUCGUACACUGGACACUGGGCUCGUACACUGGACACUGGGCUCGUACACUGGACACUGGGCUCGUCCACUGGACACUGGGCUCGUACACUGGACACUGGGCUCGUACACUGGCCACUGGGCUCGUACACUGGCCACUGGGCUCGUACACUGGACACUGGGCUCGUACACUGGACACUGGGCUCGUACACUGGACUGGAGACUCAGACAUUGGACACUGGCCACUGGCCACUGGGCUGGAGACUCAGACACUGGCCACUGGGCUGGAGACUCUGACUCUGGGCCUCUGCUGCCUCUGUGCCCGGCAGAACAAGAUGUUUGUGUACCGGGGCAAGGACUACGAGCGUUACGAGGAUUUCCGCCUCAGGCUGGCCACGCAGUUCCCCAACGCAGACAAGAUGAGCAGCACUGCGCCGCCCAGCGACUCCAUCACCAACUCCCCCCUCCAGCAUGUGCAGUGCUUCACGGUGAAGCCGGUGCUGAACCUGCCGUUGCAGUUCAAGGACAAGCCCGUUCCAGAGCAGAUCCUGAACUUCUACCGGGCCAAUGAAGUGCAGCAGUUCCAGUACUCGCGGCCAUUCCACAGGGGAGAGAAAGAUCCCGAUAACGAGUUUCUGACCAUGUGGAUCGAGCGGGUCACAUACACCACCGUCUAUAAAUUCCCCGGCAUUCUGCAGUGGUUCGAAGUCAACACAGUCACCGUGGAGGAGAUCAGUCCGUUGGAGAACGCCAUCGAGACCAUGGAGAGGACCAACGAGAAGAUCAGCAACAUGGUUCAGCGUUACGCGUGGGAAGUAGCGCUCCCUGCCCACCCCCUCUCCAUGCUGCUCAGUGGCAUCGUAGACGCUGCUGUCAUGGGGGGGUCCGCUAACUACGAGAAGGCCUUCUUCAGUACGAAGUAUAUCCAGCAACAUCCUGAAGACCAGCACAACAUCGACACCCUGAAGGAACUCAUCGCCUUACAGAUCCCAUUGUUAGCCGAGGGAAUCCGGAUUCACGGAGAGAAGGCGACUGUGGAGCUGAGACCGCUGCAUGAUUGGAUCGUCUCCUGCUUCAGGGAGCUGAAGGAGAAAGUUCAGAAGCUGUAUGGGGUCAUCACCUUGCCCCCGGCGCUGACCGACAGGAAGCGGAGCCGCUCGGGAUCGGUCAUCCUCCCUUACAUCAUGUCGUCCACCCUGCGGAGAUUAUCCACCGUCUCCCUCAUGUCCACCUCGUCCACCUCCUCCGACAGUAACCCCUCACGCCCACACUCCAACGGCUCGGUGCUGGACCCUCUGGUGGAGCGGAGACCGCUGGCACUGUGCCGGCCAGAGGAGCAGCUGGACCGGGAGGAGCUUGACCGGCGAGGGAGCACGGCCAAACUCAAGGACAAGAACCUGAGCAAGUCCCAGGUCAUCUUCGAGAGCGAGGCCAGGAGCGAGCUGUCCCUCAGCAAGGUCGACUUCACAGAGAUGGAGCCGCCCCUGAGGCUGCAGCGACCCAAGAGUCUACAGUUUGUUGACAAGCGGCUGCCUUCGUUGCAGAUCUCCAGUCCACUGCCACAGUGUCCGACACCGCCCAGCAGCAGGAGCCCGAGCCAGUUGCUGCUCCAGACGGACUCCAUGAUGUCCACCAGCCCUGGAGACACCUCCACACCUCCACCAACCCCCCCCAAGAGCAAACCGUGUGAGAACGGCAGCCAGAGGCACUCGCUGCAGCUGGUUCCACCGCUGCCGGAGAAGACCUCGCCCCGACCCCCGCACCCACCGCCAAAGGCCCGGCACUCUAACCCCACCUCGCCCCAGCGCCACUGCCCGGCAGAGGAGUAGCCGGUCCCAACACCAGGUCACCACGGGGUCACCACCUCCACCCUGCCGCAGGUCGGGGGUCAGGGGUCAAGGAGAUGGAUGGAGGUCAGCGUCCUGGAGAUGACCACAGCAGGUCCAAGUGGGCCAGAAGGUCACGACCGGGUCCACUGGUGCCCUGGACAAUGGGGUCGGCUGCAGGAUCUGCCCUGGACAGAGGUCGUGUGUCACCCCUCGCCUCUGGACAAUCGGGCACGGAACAAACCAGUGGGAUGGGAACGACUGCCUCCGGCCCACCACUGACCAGUGGGGAGAGGCUGCCACAGAAGCCACAGCCCGUAUGGACUGCCCGGGCAAACCUCUGGCACAGACGAGCCGGACGGAGAUGGACACGGCCGACACGGGGCAUCUGUGACUGGAGCGGGGACUUCCCUAACGUCACACACGGGCUAAAGCCCAACGUUACAACACAGCGCACACGCACACGGCUCACUGGGCACCGUCACACACUGAACACGCACACGGCUCACUGGUCACAGCACACAUGCACACGCACACGGCUCACUGGUCACAGCACACAUGCACACGCAGUGCCGGAGAAAUCCCCACAACACUGGAUCACUGAGGCCUGGCAAAGUCCAACACUCACUGUGUGUGUGUGUGUGUGUGUGUGUGCGCGCGUGUGUGUGUGUGUGUGUGUGUGUGUGUG